ACACACCAAAGUGGCUGUGAAAUGGCCGAUGGUAGACAGUAAUUGGAAAGUAAAUGUGCAUUUAAAUGCACAUAAUUAUGCAAGGAGUGACGUGUCAGUAAACAUAUAUACCCAAAUACAACUCGUCCAAUUUUGAUAGAUCAUAUAUUUUGCCUCAAUUCUUUUUGGGAAACUAUUUGAUUUGACUUGGAAAACAAUUUUUUUUUCGGUUACCAACUAGACCCUCUACGAGGUGACAUCCUAAGUUUUGACUUACAUAUCCUCUACUGACGUGAACCCUCGCACAACCUCGCCACCAUCGAGCCCUCUACCUCAGAGACCAUCGUUUCUAGACGUAGAUUGUUCCUUAGCAACCGUGUACUCAAUUUGUUCACUAUUCAAGGAGCUCAGUGCCCAGAUGAUGGCCGUCGGUCCGCCUUUGGAGAGAUGGUUCGGAGCAGGGAGGCAUAAUGUCUACCGGAGGUACUCUACAGGAGCCCCGGCCAACAGCAGCACCAGGUUCCCGAUAAAGGCCGUCAUCUUUGACAUGCCCUGCUUUAUUCAGAGGACACCUUCAGACGCAGUUUCUCCAAGUGACUCUGCUUCUCCUUCUGACGGCGAAAGAGACUCGAGCAAUCUCAUUCCUGCUUCUACUAGUAAUGGUACCAGUACCAGUCUUUGCUCUGCUGCAGUCACUGCUUCUGAGGUGACACGGAGGUUGGGCGUUUACAAUCCCCCUGAGUUGCAAGAUAGAAUUUUGACAGAGGGCAAGGCAAGGCUGGUGAAGAAGCAGAUGCUGGAAGAGGUGAUGGGCACGGGGGACAGUGUGAGAGCCAAAUACAUGGAGCAGAUCAGAGCCAAGAAGAUGAUGGCUCAAGCCAGGAGAGAAAGGGAAAGGUUUUCCAUAGACAGAGACACUAACGCUUACACCGUUCAAUCUACAACUUCUCAGAAGGCCUGGCGUGUCACACCCAAUUCCGCUGCGCUCCUCCUUUAUCUUGAGGAAAGGGGAAUAGCACAAGCACUUAUAGCACGAGGAGAUCAGUCACGGCUUAAUGAAUUGCUAGAAGAACUCAGAAAUUAUAAGUUUCAGUAUUUAAGGAAUUUGGAAAUAGACGAAACAGAGAAGUCAACUUCAGAAGCUACAAAUUCUGCAAAUCACUAUAGUGAGAUACUGAAAUCAUUUUGUGCAAUCUGGGGCCUUCCUCCAUGGCAGGUGUUACUGGUCAUUGGUGAUGAUGAACAAGAUGAAUCUUUAUGCAAGGUAAUUGCAGGUUCACAAUUGUUCGUUUGCAAGGUUAGAAACCUAUCAUACCCCAAAUAUGUGAAUUCUACCCAAAAGGAACUAUCCGAUGUUGUGCAUUCCAAGAAAUCAAAUUACAAUCGAGGACUUUUCAAGUGGUUUAGAAGACUUUCUGAGGGCACAUUGCAUGGGGAUGGUGCUAGAGAGAGUGGUGGGCAUAAUUCAAAAGAUGUUCAUUUUGAGGUCACAGACAUGACAGGGUUGAAACGGAUUAUAGAGGAUAUGAAUGGUGUAUCUUAUAGAAUGAGUACCUUUAUCCAAGAUUUUCAAUAAGAGAGGAGUAAAGCUGUGGAACUAAUAGCUGUGUUCAAAAUGAACUAUGUAGAAUUUUUUUACCAAUGAAGAAUAAAUGAGCAAAUUGUUUGAAUAAUGUAGGCCACACAUGAGUCCAUUUUCAUUGACUGUUUUUGACAUUUUGUAAUUGUGAGAUCUAUACUUGUGGUUCAAGAGUAAUAAUCUUGAAAUGACUUGGAAGAUCAAAAUUACAUAAUGAUAUGUGUGAAAAGAUUAUAUCGUUGGAAUGAAAUGUAUGACAAUCACUAAAGAUUUCCUCUGUAA